AUGUCAAUACCAAAAGCGGUAACCCUGAGCUACACUCGGGCUUACCAUGCGGCGCUGCAUAGGGAGUCCCUGCAGAGCUUACCUUGUCCUUCGCUCCCACGAUAUUUCCCCUGCAGCAUCUCCGGCCGAUGCUGGCAUCCGGCUUCUGUGUUCCGGUCCCUGUGACGUCGGGACGUACGGGCGCCGGCGGCAGCGGGAAAUUUGAAAAUUUUGAAAAAUUUCAUUUUUUUCAAAACAAAUUUUUCAUGUGCUUUGUCCGGCGCCCUGCCUGCAUUUUUACUGUUCUUUCUG